AUUGGAGUAAAUCAAUAUGGCGGAAAAUAGCCCCGGAUAAUAGUCUCAAAAUUUGAAGGAAUUGCGAUAUUGAUAGAGUAUCAGGAUGGCACAUCAACUUCAGUUAGAGAAGGAAAAAUACAGACAGUGGGUAAAGGCUGGUUUAGGACUUGGAUAUUUAAAGGAGGGACUGGUACCAUUCUGUAAUGACAUAGCUGACCAACAACAUAAGGAUAUCUUACAAAACAUUCGGUUUACAAAGUCACUAUCAUCAACUGUGACUUGUGGGGGCUGUCGAGUUGAAACUCUCAAGCCAGACCAUAAGCCAGUACCUGGGAAUGCUGGAAACAAAGUUUGUCCUCUUGGGCAAGUAAAAUGCAACUGUUGCUGUAAGGGCAAAAUUGCUUGUCCGAACAACAUAUGUGGCGCCAUCUAUGACUAUAUUGUGCAGCAUCAUGCAUCUACACCACCUGCGCCAGUCUGGAAAAAUAGCGAAGCUCUAAAUUGGUCAACAGACCCGUGGAGCAUUAGCAAAUGUUUUAUAAAUGCUCCUGGGUACAAGGACAAGACAUCAGCAGUCCAUACAGAUUGUACAGGGUUACUGCAUGUUGUCACAAAUAACAUAUAUUUUCAUAAUCAUAUUGGAGGCAUUGCUACUGGACCAAACAAUCUUUUUUCAAAGGUACGUCAGUAUAGAAACAUGAUUUUCCACUCAAGCAGCAUGGAAUUAGAAGAAAGUGAGGCUAAUACUUACUUAGAUGACAUGAUUGCAGUUCUACAAGAUAGUAAGGAACUUGUACAUCAACCAGCUGCACAACAAGCUGUACUGAAACUUCAAGAUCUUAAGAAGAAAGACUUCAUUAUAACUACUGUAGACUUUGAUGAAAUUCUGGGACAAAUCAAUGAAGAAAUGAAAAAAGUUCUAAAAUCAAUUGAAGAUGCUCCAACUAAUGAGGAAUAUGAGGAGCUUAAAAAACAAUCUGAAGAACAUGAAACCCAGAUAUUCAAACUAAAUGAGGAGAUGGCAAAAAUUAAGACAGUAACUUCCUCAGGUCAAAGUCAGGCAGAGUAUGAGCAAACCAAGUUAGGUGAGUAAAUAUUUGUUUUGAUGGUGUACAUACAAGUGUAUGAUAUUGCCAUUAAUAUAAAAAAACAGCUGAAGAUCAUCGUUACUUUAUUAUUUAAGAAAUUUAUUUAAUGGUUUAGUACUCCGGAUCAUUCAAUAUAAUUAAAUUUAUAAUAUUAUAAAAUUUAUGCAAUUAACAUUUUAUUAUACUCUACCACAUAAUGUUGUUAGUGCUGUACUGGAAUUACUUUGCGGCAUUAUUAGAUCAGUCAUUCUGUCUAUUUGUUUCCAUCAUGCCCACUCUAAAAAUCCCUUUAAAGAUUUUCUUUAAAUGCUCACCUCAACCUGACAGGGUGUUCACUAGCCACGAAAUUCUGAGGGUCAUUUUAACUAAGUUUUACCGACUACAAGGCCAAAUCCCCAUGAUUUUAACAAAAUUUGACCCUGUAGUUAAAAUCUUGAUGGUCAAAUCAAGCCUUUUGGAAAUUUGAAUGGUCAAAGAGUCAUUUCAAGGGUCAAACGGACACCCUGGACCUGUCUACCUGCACAACCAAUGCCACCAAUGUGCUCUAGGUAAAUAUCACCCUUCGAGGACAAAUGCCAAAAAAUCAUUUUGUUUUCUUUUCUCUAUAAAUUUAAUAACUUCUGUGUGAUUUUCCUGUGUGACGUCACAUGCUUUAACAAGGCAAUGUGAAAAACCAAUGUCUGUGCUUGGUUUGCUAAAGGUCAAGGUCAUCUAUGAAGGUCAAAGGUCAAAUAUGAAAUAUUGUCCUCUUCCUUUUAUG